AUGAAUUCCUUCUAAGGAUUAUUUUGCUAAAAAAAGGCAAAAACGAAUUUUUCAUUUCAUAUUAAUUAAACAUAUAAUCACAUUAUUAUUCAAUUUUCUUAGUGUUCUUCAUAUUCAUACAAUUAUAUUCCGAAUAAGAACAUAAAAUAUAAUUAUUUUCUAUCUCCAUACUCCUACUUAUCUAAAUUUAUCAUCAAAAAUUUUGAUCCCAACUCUAUUAUUUUCCAUCUUUCUUUACAUCUUUUACUCUGCAAUAAUCCCCUCUUUCUAACCAAAAACCAACAAUACAAUUUCCUUAACAUAAACCAUAAAGCCUUGCAUAUUUUCAUUAUCCAAAUUUCCCUUUAUAAAAGUUUCAACCUAAACUCUUAACUCUAAUAAAUUCAAAUUCCUCAUAAAAUUCUUUCCUUUCCAUAAGCUCUAUUUAUUUAAUUCUCUUUCAUAUCUAUUUUUAUAAUAUUUAAAACUAUCAUUGCUUAGUUCCCUCCUUAGUAGUUAAUACCUUACCUUAUCAUUGUUUUUAACUCUAAAAUAAACAGAAACUGCGCUAAUCAUCUUCUCUCAAUUCUUAUCCUACUUCUAUUAACAAUUAACAAUCGAUUAUUUCAUUUUGCUUCUCAUAAUUGCAUUUGA